GAACGUCCUGAGGAAAAAUUGGAGAAACCAUGCGCUGCUGUAGCGCCCAAAGAGGAGGCGCUGAAGCCAAAGGACAUGGACAGAUCCACUUCAGAUGAUGAUGAUGAAGAAGCUGAUGGAUAUCAGCAGAAGGGCGUGAGCAUAGACGAUCUCAGCGACGACUGGGUUGAAGCUCAGAUGAAGGAUGUCACCGUGGCCGUCAUUGGAAACGUGGACAGCGGAAAAUCAACCUUGGUUGGUGUCCUCACCAAGGGUGGGCUAGACGAUGGAAGGGGCCUUGCACGAGCGAAGGUCUUUAACUUUUCGCAUGAAGCAGCCAACGGAAGGACGAGCAGUAUCGCACAGGAGAUCAUGGGUUUCUCGCAGAGUGGCGAGCAAGUGCUGAUUGAUCGAAUGGGCACUUCCACGGCCAACUCACGAAACCAAACCUGGCAGCAGGUGGUGAGCCAAUCUGAGAGACUCGUGACCUUCAGCGACUUGUGUGGACACGAGAAAUACCUGAAGACUACCAUCUUUGGCCUGGUAGGGCAAUGUCCAGACUACACGAUGAUCAUUGUCAAUGCCAAUGCGGGCUUCCAGAGGAUGUCUCGCGAGCAUCUGGGCAUUGCGCUUGCGUUGCGCAUUCCCUUCUUCAUUGUGAUCACGAAAAUUGACAUUGCACCUCAGAACGUGUUCGACGAGAAUCUCGCGCAGCUGCAUAAAAUCGUAAAGUCAAAUGCUGUGAAACGGCAACCUCUCGUGGUGACAAGCGAGGACCACUUGGAACAGGCAGCCACCGGUAUCUAUGGCAAGCAGGUUUGCCCCAUGUUCUGCAUCUCCAAUGUUACGGGCGAGGGCCUUCCGCUGCUUCGUUCCUUCUUGCAACGGCUGCCAUCCAGAUUGCAGGAUAGCGGGCUGUUCAAACCGCCGAGCAGUCCAGCCGAAUUUCACAUUGACUCAAUAUAUGUUGUGCCUGGCGUCGGUCUCGUCGUUGGUGGUGUGGUGCGAUCAGGUCGCAUCUGUCCCGGUCAGCAUCUACUUCUUGGUCCGGACAAGGUUAGCCAGUUCAAGCCCGUCAUGGUGAAGACCAUCCAGUACAAGCGUGUCACUGUUGAGAUGGCCGAGAGCGGCCAGCACUGCAGCUUUGCGCUUCGCUCGCUCGUCAAGAGGGAGACGCUGAAGAAAAGCAUGUUCAGAAAGGGCAUGGUCAUGCUUGGCCCCGAGCUGCAGCCGAAGGCCAUCUGGUCGUUUAAAGCAGAGGCGCGCUGGACCGUUGGAUUUGAUUUUUCAUCUCAGUCGAUCUUGAACUGUGCUUUGGUAUCUGCGCAUUUUGCCUCCAUUUGCCCAGCAGCUGUUUGUGGCGCAUCGCGAAACGUAGACGUGCCCGUCCAGCUGUGCCGUAGCCAUGGUGAUCAAGACUGA